UUGAUGUGUCUCUUUCCUGUAGAUGGGGUGUACACUGAGCAAAACUGCAGUUAUCACGAUGUUUUAAACCACCUGAACCUGAACAGAAACAAUGAACUGUACUUAAUGACCCGGCCUGUUAAAAACUACAAACGGCCCACACGGGUGUCACUGGAAGUGCUGCUCUAUGCCAUACUAGAUGUGGUUGAGAAAGAUCAGAAAUUCAUUCCUUAUGUUUGGACUGUCAUGAGGUGGCACAAUGAAUACAUUUCCUGGGAUCCAAAUCAGUUUUGUGGCAUUGAUAAUGUUUCUCUUCCUACUGAAGUUUUGUGGAAGCCAGAUCUCACCAUUGAAGAAAUGACAGAGAAGGACAAAGCUCCCCCGAGUCCUUAUCUCACCAUCAAUGAUAAAGGCGAUGUUGAGGUCCAGAACGACCAGGUGCUGGUCAGCACCUGCAGGAUGCACAUUUACAAAUUCCCUUUCGACAUCCAGAGCUGCAACCUCUCCUUCAAGUCCGUCAUACACACCGCAAAGGAUAUUCGGCUCCAGCCGAGCGACAACUCUUCAGAGGCCACCGAGUGGUCUCGUGAGGUGAUGCGGACCCAGUAUGAGUGGCUGUUCAUCAACAUGACAGUUACCGCCAACAAUGCCAGCGAUUUGUUCGGCCAGGACAUCAUCAUUUACACUAUCACCAUGAGGAGGCGGUCUCUCCUCUACAUUAUCAACUUCUUGCUGCCCAUCCUGUUCUUCUUGUGUCUGGACUUGGCCUCCUUCCUGAUCUCAGACAGCGGGGGCGAGAAGCUCAGCUUCAAGAUCACCGUGCUGCUUGCCGUCACCGUGUUACAACUUAUUCUGAACGAAAUUCUGCCUUCCUCGUCAAACAGGAUUCCACUUAUAGCGGUCUACUGUAUUGGGAUUUUUGCUCUGAUGAUGCUGAGCCUCCUGGAGACGAUUUUGGUGAUGCAUCUGAUAGAGAAAGACUCCACUGCAUCCCAAAACAACGAGGCAAACAGAAACCAAAGCUGGAGAGAGGACUGUGACAAACAGGGCAAAGCCAACUUCCACAAUAGUCAUGGAGAGGUGCCCAAAUUGACUCAAUGCAUCUAUGAUGUGUCUACUGGUGAAACUCCAUCUGAACUGCUGCCGGUUGCCAAAGAGGGCGACAGCAGCAUACCAAUGGAGGAGUGUCAUGCUUUGGAAAAGAUCUCAAGCGAGCUGAGAGAGAUUGAGAAAACACUGUCUCUGCUCCUCAGCAACAGGAGGGAGGAGGAGAGCCCCGACUACUGGACCGGAGUGGCUAAAAGAGUCCACAAAUGUUUCUUUAUUUUCUAUUUACACAUGUUUGGUCGUACCCAUAUCUACACUCAUAUAUUGACUACAAAAGCCUUGUUAACUCUUUUUCUGUCAGGUGGAAGUACUUCCAAUUAUACAGAGCUUCCUCAUGAUCAACACAAGUCCAACCAGACCUCUGUGGCUGGGGAGUCCAAGUCUGAGAAAGUGUGCAGUUAUCAAGACGUUUUAAACUACCUGAACUUGACUAAAAACAAUGAGCUGUUCUCCAUGACUCGGCCUGUUAAAGACUACAAACAGCCCACAAAUGUAUCCGUGGAUGUGGUUCUGCGUGAAAUUCUAAAUGUGAUCAGCAUGAAGAGGCGGUCUGCCCUCUACAUUAUCAACUUCUUGCUACCCAUCCUGCUCUUCUUGAGUCUGGACUUGGCCUCCUUCCUGAUUCCAGACAGCAGGGACGAGAAGCUCAGCUUCAAGGUCACAAUGCUGCUCGCUGUCACCGUGAUGCAGCUUGUUCUGAAUGAAAUUCUGCCUUCCUCUUCAGAGAGGAUUCCACAGUUAACGGCUCUACAGCUGUUGUAG